AUGUCGAACGCGAACGAAGCUUUCACGUAUAAAAAGGUCCCACUACAGGUUCUUGCUGUUGUCCCAACACUUACCGAGAAUGCUCUUCAGAAAAAAAGAGCCGCAGAUCCAAAUCAAUGCGUUGUUUGCAACAAAGCGAUAGAUGAUGAAAAAAUAACAAUAGAAAAUAGAUCAUGGCACUGCAAUUGUUUAGUUUGCGAGCUUUGCAACAAAAAAAUAAUUUCAUCAACAUACCAAAUUUUAAAUGGUUCGCCAUUGCAUACAUAUUGCUACAAUCUCCUAAAAGGUCCGUAUUGUUUUGCAUGUGGUCAGAUACUUGUUGGUAAAGAUGUUAUUUCAGUCCAAGAUAAGUUAUAUCAUGCUGAAUGUCUCCGUUGCUCUUGUUGUCAGCGCCAUAUCAACAAGUAUGAAAAGGUUGAGAUGUACAAAGGUAUCCCACUUUGUUUCUCUUGCUUUUCAGAAAAAUGUCAAUUAUGUCCAAAAUGUCAUUCAGUAGUUACAAAAACUAAGUACAAAUUCCUUUUUGAAGGUCAAGUAAUAUAUCUUCAUGAUGUAUGCUGCAAAUGCACAAUUUGUGGAAAAGAUUUAAAUCAAGAUAAUUUUGCAUUUGAACAAGGACAGCCUUUAUGCAAAACAUGUUGGUUUGACCUAGCAAACUUCAUUUGUAUCAGGUGCAAACAGCCAAUUUUACCUAAUGAAAGAAUUUCAUACGGAGGAAUAUAUCACAUGAAAUGUUUCACAUGCCACAAUUGUCAUGAAUCCCAAGUGAAUAGUAAUCCAGAAAUAAUUGGCGACACUGUUAUUUGUCAACGCUGUUUUUGCGAAUUCAAAGACAGAUGCAGCGUUUGUUUCGAGAAAAUCAAACAAGAUAGAGUCGAACAACACAAUAGAAGCUUCCAUUCGAAAUGUUUUGUUUGUUGCAAAUGCAAAGCAAAUCUACAUACAAUUGAUUCUGUAUUCAAAGGUGGGAAGCUAUAUUGUGCUAACUGUGCUUCAAACUAA